AUGGACAAGGUUGUUGUUGUAUUUGGCAUUGCAAGAGCUUGUCGAAUUUGUGAAAUCAGCCAGGUAACAUUAGAUGAUAUUGAAGAUUUGGGAACGUUAUUAAUUGUGAAAUUUGAAGAAACAAAGAAUUAUGUGAAAAGGAAAUGCGUAGUUACUGAAAAGAAAAUUAAAUUUUACCGAAUUUACGUAGCGCUUCGCCAAGCAGCACCUGCAGGCGCAGCAAAAUGUAAUAAUCAGGUUGUGGGUAAAAAUCAGUUUUACAAGGUUCCCGAAUCGCUAGCUAAUUUUCUUCAACUUGAAAAUGCUAACUCAUAUAUAGGUCAUUCAUUUCGAAGAUCGUCUGCUACACUUUUAGUUGAAACUGGGGGAGACUUAAUGACACUAAAGAAACAUGGUGGAUGGAAGUCAUCAACGGUCGCUGAAGGGCAUGUUGAUAAAUCGGUAGCACACAGGACAGAAAUAGCUAAUAAAGUGUUUAGAACGUGUGGUAGUGGUGAAAUAACACCGGAUUUGCGACCAAGUACAUCAGCGGGAGUUGUGGCGGCAGAAAAACAUAAAAUUUCAACACAAGAAAAUUCGACUGUACCGACACUAAGGAACGUGUCAUUCAUGCGAUGCAUUUUUAAUAAUUCUACCUUUGAUAUAAAGGAAAUGUAA